AUCCAAGAGAUAAGGCUUUGGCAAAGGUAAGGCCUAAAUUAAUCAUUCCCACUUUCAAAUCCUUCACAAAAUGCAAAUCCCACACUAUUAUUUAUUUUUCACAUUUAUAUAAACACAACUCCACUCACCAGUCCCACCACCACUCUGCUCCAAUUUCACACCCAACUAAGGCAUGGCCACCACCACAGCCGCUGUCACUACCUACUUCUUCGGAGCCCGCCUCCCAAACCCCGGACCCAGUUUCGGAAGAUUCCAAGCCCGAUUUGGAAACUUCGGCGGCUUCAGCUUAGGCACCAAGAAGUCACCGCCACCGCCACCACCAAAACAAAAGCAGAAAUUUGACGACGGGGAACGACCCGUAUGGUUCCCGGGUGCCGAACCGCCCGAGUGGCUCGACGGGUCGCUGGUCGGGGACCGGGGGUUCGAUCCGUUCGGACUCGGGAAGCCCGCGGAGUACUUGCAGUUCGAUUACGACGGGCUGGACCAGAACUUGGCGAAGAAUGUGGCGGGUGAUGUGAUCGGGACCCGGAUCGAGACUGCAGAGGUGAAUCCGACGCCGUUUCAGCCGUACUCGGAGGUGUUUGGGCUGCAGAGGUUCCGGGAGUGCGAGCUGAUUCAUGGGAGGUGGGCGAUGUUGGGUGCGCUUGGCGCUCUUGCUGUCGAGGGCCUCACAGGGGUUGCAUGGCAGGACGCUGGCAAGGUUGAAUUGAUUGAAGGAUCAUCAUACCUUGGGCUUCCCCUUCCCUUUUCCAUAACCACUUUGAUUUGGAUCGAAGUGUUGGUGAUUGGGUACAUUGAGUUCCAGAGGAAUGCUGAGCUGGACCCAGAGAAAAGGCUGUACCCGGGUGGCAAGUUCUUUGACCCACUGGGCCUGGCCUCUGACCCGGAAGAGAAGGAGAGGCUACAAUUGGCCGAGAUCAAGCAUGCCCGUCUUGCCAUGGUGGUCUUCCUCAUUUUUGGCAUCCAAGCUGCUGUGACAGGGAAGGGCCCUGUCAGUUUUCUGGCAACCUUUAACAAAUAAACUUUCAAAAUCGUCCACAAAAAUCACAAUCUUUUCAUUCAUUCUCUUCCUGUCUACCCAAAGACUAGGAGUGCCCUCCUCACUUAUCUUUUGUAUAUUCAUAUAAUGUUUAAUUAAUUGCUGUACUACGUGUAUGUGCUGUUUCUGCUGCACCUAUAUACUCUUGUUGUUGCUUUCAUGUCUUAAAUAAGGUGUUUAUAAAUGUAUAAUGGAGAAAAAAAAGAAGAAGGGAAAAUCAGAUUGUAACA